AUGUGCUACAUGAGUUUGGCAAAAGUCAUGACAGGACUGCAAGUGCAGUUCGGAUUGGCAAUGUCUAAAAGUUCCUGUAAUUACAAGUUCUUGUCGUUUAACGCGGGUCCAAGAACAUGUUUGGGGAAAGAAGUGGCUUUGAUGCAAAUGAAGUUUGGGGCUGUUGAAAUUAUACAAAACUAUGAGAUGAAGAUCGUUGGAGGGCAACAAAUUGAGCCAGCUCCUUGUGUUACUCUCCACAUGAAGCGUGGUCUUCAAGUUACAGUUACUAAAUGGUCUGAAUGUCUUAAGUAA